AUGACCGAAUCAAAGAUGCAACUAGAAGACUGGCUGGAUGACUUAUGUGUUCGGUUUAUCAUUAACCUGCCCCAUGAAGAGCUCGAAUCCGUGGAACGAAUCUGUUUCCAAGUCGAAGAGGCGCAAUGGUUCUACGAAGAUUUCAUUCGGCCUCUUGACCCGGCGCUGCCCUCCCUUUCGCUCAAGGCGUUCAGCUUGCGCAUCUUCCAACACUGUCCUCUCAUGUCGCAAUGGUCCCACUACCAUCAUAUGGCCGCCUUCUCGGAGUUUUUGGCUUACAAGACGCGGGUUCCGGUCCGCGGUGCAAUUCUGCUCAACGAAGAAAUGGAUUCAGUGGUCCUGGUGAAGGGAUGGAAGAAAGGCGCGAAUUGGAGUUUUCCACGAGGCAAGAUCAACAAGGGCGAGCCCGACUUGGACUGUGCGAUUCGUGAAGUCUAUGAGGAAACUGGGUUCGAUGUUCGUGCGGCCAAUCUGGUGAAAGACGAAGACUCUGUAAAGUCUAUCGAGGUCACCAUGCGAGAACAGCACAUGCGACUCUUUGUUUUCCCCGGUGUCCCUUGCGAUACACAUUUUGAACCACGGACUCGCAAGGAAAUCAGCAAGAUUGAAUGGUAUAAGCUGUCGGAGCUGCCGACUCUUAAAAAGAACAAGCAAUACGACGAAGGAAUGGCCGUGGCCAAUGCAAACAAGUUUUACAUGGUUGCACCUUUCCUGCACCCGUUGAAGAAAUGGAUUGCGCACCAGAAGAGACUCGCGGCCAAAGAUCAGAUAGGCAUGAAGUCAUCUCUGCAAGCCGAAGGUUAUGCAUCCGUGGAUGAGAAUGGUCGUCGGGCCGAUUUCGCUGCCUACGGAGGCGGGGUCAGUGACCUUCCUGAAGUCAAUUCAAUGGCUUCGAUGCCGGACGCUUCCUCUCACAUUAAGCAACUGCUUAAAAUCAGCGGAGAUCUCCCAACACCCGCGGAGGUGCAAGCUCCUCCGCCUACUCAACCCGCUGUUGUGGAUCAGACUAAGUCGAACGCGCUUCUAGCCCUCCUCAGGACGGGCUCGCAAGAUGUCGCUCCUCAAGUGCAGAAGGAAACCAUGACUCCGCCGGCCUCACUUCCCUCUGGUGUACUUGCUACUGCUCAGCCACCUCACUUGGCGCCCAAUUUCUUCCCCGGAUUCCCUCAGCAACAGUAUCACAUGGCACCAUCGAAUUUCAUGCAACAAACCUCCGUGCAACACCUACCUAGGCAGCCGCUGGCAACAGUCCAGCGUCCUAUCCAUGCCGCCCAGCACCAUCCAAUCCCUACACCUGGACAGCCUGAGCUACAAGGUUCAUCUACGAUACCCAGAUUAACCCAAAUGCCCCGGCCGGACUAUCAGGGUCUCUACCCUCAAUCUCCACUUCCAAAUGUUGCGCCUUCGAGAACUGCGGUUGCUCCAUUCCAACAGACUGGUGACCCCCAAUUCUCCCAGCCGACACAGCCGUCUCAAGUACCGGGUGCGAUUGUACCGCCAGCCAGCAAGCUACCUCCACCGAAGCUUACUAGCCACUCCCUCGCGCUUCUGGGUUUCUUCAAGGAUGAAAGCAAGACCCCCAAGACCCACCAUGCUGCUCCAGUACCUGUUCCUGCUCCUGUACCAAUUCCCGAGCCUGUGCCUGUGCCGGGUGCUAGUCAGGAACGCAAGACAUCUCAUCAGGACAGUCUUUUGGACUUGUUCAAAGGGCCAAGAGGUACACCUAGAUCUCAACCAGUUGAGUUGUUAGGUCAACCUAUCCCUUCAGCGUCGCCUGCAGGAAGACAGAUCCUUCAAAGGCCGCCAAACCAGAUGGGCCACGACGUGCAGCGCGGUCCAGCGGGAUCAAAAUCUCAGACGGGUGCAGCCCAUACUUCAGCUACCGUGUCCGGGCCUUUGAACAUGCCACAGUCUGCGGCAAUUCCGAAAUUGGCGACCAAGAAGGUGGUCAAUGGAUCGAAUCGUCGAAGCAAUUCAAACCGUCGCGAACAAACGCAAGUACAGCCACUUUCCUCGCCAAUUACUAUUCUGCCUCGGCCGCAGAUCGCAAAGCGGGAUGUGUCUACCACGGGACCCCAUGUUCAGCCCGUCCAGGCUCCGUCUCAACAGCAGGUCUCUCAGCCUGCAGCUCCCGAACCAGUGAAGCCAUUCCAGCCGCAGAUUUUGCGUCGCUCUGAGAAGACAGGCUAUGAGAACCUGUUGAUGGGCACCCCCAAGACGAAAAGCUUAGAUCCCAAGCCAAGUCUUCCUGGUUUGCAGACACACGCUGCGGAGCUAGCGCCGAAGACAAAUUAUGAUCGCCGGCCUAGCCAAACUCCUGCACAGAAAGAGGCACUCCUCUCACUCUUCGGCAAGCCUCAAGAAUCUCCCUCUUUGGCAUCAGCAGUGCAGCUUGAUUCCCAGACUAUCAACCGACCGCUCAAUGUGUCCGGUCUUGUCAGCCCGCUUUCAUCCUUGCAAUUCCCCAGCAGCGGCGAGUCGAUUUCUCGCCAUGGAACACCCUCUGAAGGCGAACAGGACCCUUCUAGCGCCAACCGAGUCUCAUCACCGAGCAACAAGGCAUUUUUGCUUGGCUACCUGCAGGGAGUUGCUAAGGGAGGCAAUUGA